CCCAAGAAAAUGGCAACAACAUAAUAUCGGUAAUUCUUCCUCGCCCACGAACUGGGUUACCUGCACGUUACCUUCUUCAAGACGGAAACUUGUAUGAAGCAUUAUAUGUAGAUUAUGAACAUCAAAAAUCUUGGUUUGUUAAAGACACAAUCGAAAAAGACGGUAGUUUCGUGUAUUUUACUCGAUUCGAUCCGUUAUUUUUGUUAAUACCAAUACUAGAUGAUUGUCGAAAAAAGAAUUUAGAAUUUCAAGGACGAUUUCUUCCGUUAGAUGAUAUCCUAGAUAAUCUUGAAUAUCCAAGUUUAACGCGGUUAUCUUCGAUAAGUAGCAUCUCAUCAUAUAUGGAUUGGGUUUGUGACAGCCAAGAAUCACUCGCAAACAAAGUUUAUAGAUUAAAUGAUGAAAAAGUAAUGAAUUGGUUAAAAAAAAAGGUUACAAACAUUUUGUCCAAAUUUAAUAAUGAUAAGUAUGAUAAAUAUAAGUCUUUUAAAAAAAUCGAUCAACAAUUGGACGAUGAAAUAGUUGACAAACAGCAUCGACAUGAGCUUCGAUUAAAAUACGCACUAGAAAUUGUUAUGGAAUAUCUGCCAAAUUAUUGGGCUGAGCAAUUGAAAAAAGAAUACGAUUUUGAAGCACUUGGUGCAUGGGAUAAUAAUGCUGUCGUAUACAUGUCGGCAAUUUCUACUGAUUACCAUGUAAAACAACCCGUUGAGAAAGAUGUCGUUUCAACUGCCAAGAAACGUAAAUUAACAGUUGGACAAGCAUCCAUAGCUAAAGCCAAUAAAAAAGGGAUGAAGCCACUAACAUCUUUCUAUACUAAAAUUCGAGUUGGUCAAAAUUUUUCAAAAUCGAUUGUAUACCAAAAAUAUGUUAUGGUUGUGCUCCGGGAUAACAUGU